AUGGAGGCUUCCUCAUUGGCGUUGGCCCAUGAUCAUGCUCGCGCUGCAGUACUCGCGACGCAUAGUUCAGAUACAACUGUCGCAAUAAAUGAACAUGCUUUAGCUGCGGGAGAAUUUGCAAAGGCUGCAUCUGGGACAGGAAGCGCAGAAGCUUCGAGGACUUUGAGACUUUUAGAACAACAUCAUCAGCGACUCUCAGAACUCCUUCGAUACCCCACUGAACACCCCGUAACUCCGAUCCCGAACGCGAACGAAGCAGAAGUAAAAGCUGCCACGGAGAAACCAGUAUCGACAUCUGCGGCAGUAGCAGAAUUACGCUCUUCUAAAUCAGACCUUGACCCUCGCACACGAAAUACCUCAGGCUCGCAAACUCCCAGGCGCCUCCCUCCGCGUGAAUUAUCUUCGUCAAUCGCCAGUAAUCUAGCUUCUGCAAGAGGCAUACGCUCAAGUCAUAGUCGUCAGCUACUCUCACCAAGUAUAUCAGCUUUACAGGCGCCAGGUACUCUUGACGGACGUCGAGAAGGCAGUAAAAAGCCAAAUGUUGCAUCCAUUCCAGAGCAUGCCACAUUGAAGCCGAGUUGGGUACCCCCUCAACAUACUCAAACGAAAGCAGAUGCUCAAACUUCUACAUCAAGAACAUCUGCGGUCGCUGAGCCAAAAUCAUCUCCUGCAACUGCCCAAGAUGACGGAUUCUCGAAGUUCUACAGUGCCUUCAAUAGUGUUGUUUAUAAGUUAUCAGCCCCAUUAGCCUUUGCUGGCCUGCCUCUAUUCUCAGAGCCUGAACCGUCUGCAAAGUCACCAGAAACAUCACCUACAAUCACUCGCAAAAUCAGACCCCGAAGCAGAGAAAGAUUACCCACGGAGGAGCCUGAUCUCACCAAAUACAUAUCCAAGGCCGCUCUUCGUGCAUCUGCUCGUGAUGGUCAUCCGGGCAAUGAUUCCUUCUACGUAGUUCCCACCACAGGCGGCAUGGUAUCAUACGCGCAAAUUCUCUCCUUUGAAAAGAAAGAACAACGUCGUUUGGCAGCGUCCAUGCAUGGAAUAGAUCCGCAACUUUUCCCCGACCCAAACGAUGAGGAUGAUUUUGUCGAUGCUCGCGAAACGCCCAUGCCUAAUUCACCCAGCAAGUCGAAAACAAAUCGUCGUAUAGCGGGUAAGGAAACAGAUAUUCGAAUCGAAGAACUAGAUCUCGAAAACAAAAGUCUUAAAAAAUGUAUCGACAAACUCAGCCAACGACUUCAUGCUUUCGAAAUGUCAGCGCAGAAUAAUGGUAUGGCAUUGCAAGAAAGUAUUCGACUAAUGCGACCUGACGAUAGGAGUCCUGGCGGCAAAUCAAACGAUGAAAUGGCUAGGAAAGUAAUGGAGCUUGAAGAGCAAGUGAAGGUCAUCAAUAAAGAAAAUCAAAGACUAUUCCGCGAUAAUCAGAGGUGUCGAGAGACGCUUUUGAGGUAUAGGGAAAAGUUCGAUGCAUUGAAGGCUGGGGCAAGGGGUAGAAGGGAUAAGGAAUUGAGUGUGAAAGAUGUAGAAUCGAAGGAUGGAAGUGUGAAAGCAGGAAAUGGCGCAAAUAAACCGGUAGGAAAGGAUACGAGGGAAGCAGGCGGAGGAAGAUUCAUGGCGGGAUAG